GGUUUCACGUGACGUCACACCGUUGCGUUCCUUUGGCGCGAAAUUCCAUUGGAGGUCAGGAAGUAAUUUUCUACAGAGGAUCUAGCUGCUGUUACCAUUGUGAAAAUGCCGGUGUGUCGUGUAGUUUACGGUUGUUCCAAUCGAUCCGGCCGAGAGAAAAACAAGAGGUUUUACCGAGUGCCGAAGGUUGUCGUCCAUAAAGCUGAGCAAUUUAAGAAGCUAACCGAAGAACGCCGGGAAAAAUGGCUUUCAAACCUACAUCUGCGGUCGGGAGGAGCAGAGUCGUCUAAUGCACGGGUCUGCAGCGACCACUUCAUCAGAGGGUGCCCUAGCGCUUUGGGUGACGUUGAGUCGGUAGACUGGGCUCCCACUGUUAGCCUCGGUUACCACACAACAAGUAAGCCCAGAUCAGAGGCAUCUCUUCGACGAGAGCAGAGGAUGGAGCUCAAGGAAGACCAACAAAGACAAUCAGAAUGUGCAGAGGCUUUGUUGGAUCUCCUGCAGACAACCGAGAGCCCAGAACCGACGCAGCCCCCGUCUGACAGCCCACAACCAGAGGACACCAGUGGGAUAUUAAAUGACCAACAAGAUGCAGGAUGCCAGACUGAUUUAACGAUGGAGGACAUCGAGAGGAUGGAGGAUGUUCUGAGACAGAACACAACAGAGCUGGGAGAUCUUCGGACAAAGGCACUGGACACAAAGUUCAACCAGGAGUCCUUUGAGAACAACGAAGAGAAAACAAAGUUUUACACCGGGCUCCCCAACUUCUUAGUUUUACUUCAGGUUUUUCAACUGUGCGAGCCCUACAUCACCUUUGGCCCUAUGUCUGUGCUCUCCAAAUUUCAACAGUUCAUUUUAGUUUUGCUGAGGCUGAGACUAAAUCUCCCUCUGAAAGAUUUGGCUUUCAGGUUCAACAUCUCUCUCUCCACUGCUUCUAGAAUUUGGCAUAAGUUAAUUGACAUACUUCACGAGAGUACAGAAUUUAUAAUUGAGUGGCCAGAGCGACAUGUACUUCAAGCUACAAUGCCAAUGGGAUUCAGACUCAGACUAAAGAUGCCUGCAUUCACCAGGGGGAAAAGUCAGCUGUCAGCAUACAAGGUGGAAGAGACAAGAAAAAUAGCUAAUGUGCGUAUUCAUGUUGAAAGAGUCAUAAGAUUAGUCAGAAGAAAAUAUCAGAUUCUGCAAAGCAGGGCUGUGCCCAUAGAGCACAUGCUAACAAAACCAGGUGAGGCACUAGCAUUAAUUGACAAGAUUGGGGUUAUUUGCUGUGCCUUGUCUAAUCUGUCAGUGUCUGUCGUCCCAUUGGAGUAAAGUCAUGGAGCUGUAGUCUUGUAAAUAAGAAACCAUGUAUUAUUCAGUAUCAUUUAAUCUUUUCAGUAAACAUCUUUUUGUGUUCAAACA